AUGGAUCCUUCAAAACCGACUCUAGUGAUUGUUGGUACAGGAUGGGCAGGCUGGACACUAUCACAAGAGUUGGGUAAAAUUUCUGCUCCCUACAACAAAACACAUAACCUCAUAAUCCUUUCGCCUCACCGUACCAUGGCCCUGACGCCUUUACUGGCCUCAGCUGCAUGUUCUAUAUUUGAUUUACGCCUCGCAGAGGAACCUGUACGACGUUUAAGUCUCUCUCCAAGUGUACAAAAGUAUCAAGUUGAAGUCAAAUCGAUAGAUACUAAAGCCAAAACCAUCAAGUGCACGCCGGCUAUUGGUUCAAAUGGAGACGCUAGACGGCCUACCUUCCGCGGUGUAGAUGCUCAUGAUUUUGAGGUGUCCUACGAUAUUCUUGUCCUGGCCCCCGGUAGCGAAACAAACACUUUUGGAACUCCUGGUGUGCUAGAACACUGCUACACCAUGAAAUCUGUGAAAGAUGCUCGGAAACUCAGAGAGAGGAUGCUGGACUGCUUUGAGCUAGCUUCUUUACCUAUUUGUUCCGAGAAGCAGAAGAGAGAUCUACUUCACUUUGCAAUUGUGGGCGGCGGACCAACGGGUGUCGAGCUGGCGGCUGAAAUCGAUGAACUGAUACAUGGCCACUUAAGUCACCUUUAUCAUAGCCUCAAAGAUUACGUCUCAAUAAGCGUCUACGAUAUUGCUCCAAAGUUGCUGGGACCUUUCGACGAGGAGCUAAGUGCUUACGCCAUGGAGAAAUUCAAUAGAAGGAACGUCAACACUCGAAUGGGACGCCACAUCGAGAGCUUCCAGCAAGGAUCAAUGAAGAUCAAGGAAGACGGUGAAGUAGGGUUUGGAAUUUGUAUCUGGGCCACAGGAAACAAAGCCUCUCAACUGGUCGAAGAUCUUGAUGUCCGAAAAAGUGAGGGUGGAAUGAAGAGGAUUCUAACAGACAAACACCUUCGUGUGCUCCAAACCCCAAAUAAGCAGCAGAAAGAGAACGACGAGAAAAGUGAUCCUAUCCCAGGUGUCUACGCUUUAGGCGAUGCAGCAGAUAUCAUGGGCUCCGAACUACCUACCACGGCAGAAGUCGCAGUUCAAAAAGCUAAAUGGCUUGCUAAACAUCUUCAAGAAACGUCCGAGAUGUCAAUUUCAACAGAGGAUGUCAGUGAGCGCUCGAAUGCGUUCCACUACGAACAGAAGCCUUUAGUAGCUUAUAUUGGAAGACAUGAUGGUGUUGUGGAGGGUAAAGGUGACUGGACAGGAGCAGGGGCUUGGCUCGCCUGGCGGAGUGGGAAUCUCGAGUGGACGAGGAGUUGGAGGAGACGGACUAUGAUUUGGGUUUCUUGGGCAUUGAAUUAUUUGGAUGGGAGAGAGAUUGCCAGACGGUGA